AUGACUUUUCUUCGCGCCUUAUACCUGAAUUUCAAAGACGACUUCGGCGACCUGUUGGAAACCACCGAUUUCUCAGUCGCAACAUGGCUAGCGUUGGGCGCUGGUCUACAGCUGCUCAGCCAGACAUUAAUGCCUAUGAACUUGGCCUUUUGGCUACCUCUAAUUUAUCUUUUGCAACUCGUCAUUCGUGUCUGGAUUGCGUGCCGUAACAUAUUCACUGGCAGCUUUAAGGGCAUCCGAUUCGGUCGUUGGUCCACCCAGUUUUCUGAACCAAGCGAGGGAUCGAAGAAAACAGCAACAUCGGACGGAGUAGUGAUGUUUUUGUUGGGUGCGAGAAUUAAUCAUCCUCUCGGAAAACUCGCUCCUGGCAGUCCAGAAAUCGACAAAGUGUUCAAAGAUAUGUGGAAAGAAGCUGAAGCUAACAGCGAUGAAUGGAGCUAUCUUGGAAGAAGUGCAACGUUGUUCGAUACAUCCGAUUCCCAGGGUGUCACAGCAUUCUGGUUGUCGUACUGGAAAGACCUGGAAGGCCUGCAAAAGUUUGCAACAUCAGCAGCUCAUAAUCUAGGUAGAAACGCCUAUAAUGCAGGAAAGUACCGUUACAUGGGUAUUUUUCACGAAACAUACUAUUCACCAAAAGGUUGCUGGGAGACUAUCUAUGGUAACAUGCCUCCAAUUGGUCUAGGAAAGAUAAUGGAGAAGGUUGACAUGGGUUCGGAGGGGGUUGGGUUGGUUGAGACUUUGAGGAAAAAUAUGAAGGGGUCAACAAUGUAUAGUCGAAUGGGCCGAAAUUAG